AACUUCCUGGUAUGCUUGUCUCUGGAAGCAAAGCCAAACAGCACAUAGUCUGAGCAAGCUCUAAAGAGCCAGGCCUUCCAAAUCAGAUUGCUUCCUCUCAUAUUAGAAAGACAAUGGCUUACAGUAACCUGGUCAGGCAUUGGAACAAAGGAGUUUUAGCUCUAGAGAAGGGCAGCUGGGAAUCUGCCUUACGCAUCUUCUGCAGCAUUGAAAACCCUCCUUCAAAGAUCAACUUCAACAUUGGCUGCCUGCAUCUUGCAAGGGGAGACCUGGAGCAAGCUCUGGAGGCAUUUGACCGAUCCAUUUCCAAAGACAAUUGCUUAGCUGUGGGUUUCUUCCAGAGAGGAUAUGCUUACCUGUUGCUGGAGAGAUAUGAAGAAGCUCUGAAUGAUUUCAGGCUUGCCCUGCUGCACCUCAGGAAGAACCCCUGCAUUGAUUAUAAGCAGCUGGGUCUGAAGUUUGUGUUGUGUGCCUGGGAGGUGGCGUACAACACUGCUGCGGCUCACUGCCAUCUUGGACAGUGGCAGGAUGCUCAGCAAACACUGAAGGAGGCUGCUAGAGAGACCCCAAAGGGUCAAAUCCACCACCUUGAUAGUGCUCUGAAGCAAGUCCAGGAACAUCUCUUCUUGGAACCCCGGAGUGUCCCUCAGGGGGAGAUCUUCAAGCCCCCAAAGAAGGACGUGGAAGAGCUGGAAGAAAAAGACUUCCUGGGCCAGGCCAAGGUACAACCUCUGACUCCGCAGAUAAAAGGGGUCAUCUCUUCUGCUUUUGAGGAAGAUUGUGGCAUCGGCUUUCAUGAGCCCCAGCCCCAGAAAGGCAGCAGUGGGAUUCCCCCACCACCUGGAAAAGAACCCCCCACCCUGCCCUGCGAGAGGCAAAAUAUUCAGAAGUCAGCACCAGCCAAGGAAGAUGACGACAGGGCAGACAUGAACAUCACUGGUCAAAAUACAUCCCUGGAGGACUUACCCUCUUCUGAGGAGGCUGGUGACAUCACCAAUGGGUUCAUCCUGCUGAAGAUUCACACUUCCUACUCCGUCAAGGUGAAAAUGAGUCCUGCCCCAUCCCUGGCUGACUUUAGGAACCUGCUACAGGAAGAAUGCUGCCAGCAGGCUACACGGAUGUCAGUGAGGUACAAGAUUUCAGGUAGUGAUGAGCUGAUCCCUGUUAGCAAUGAUGAAGAACUGAGGAACAUCUGGCAAAGCAUGGAAGGUGGUCAGCUGACCCUCUGGUGCCAGGCCCAAAGGGAUACCACGAGCAGACCAGUACUCUACCACAUGACAGCGUGUCACCCCUACACUGCUCAGGGCCAGGAGGAUCUGUCUUUCAAAGAAGGUGACAAGCUGGAGAUCCUCUCUGAAGUGAACGAGGAGUGGCUGGAAGGACGCUGCAAUGGAACCACUGGCAUUUUCCCAAAAUGCUUUGCUGUGCGAGAGUGCUGUUGACACCUGCUCCUAGAGCAGAAAAAAGGGGGCUUGUCCUCUAGCUCACCCACCCAUUCAAUCACAGAUGCUACAAUCAACCCUUCCCUUGCCAUUAGGUGCUGUGUUGCCCUUCAGACAUGCUGAAAAUGCAUCUAAGUGUUGGUGAAGUGUUGGCUUCUUAGUAAUGGAAACAUUUCAGUGACUCAUAAAGUCACCCUUUUUGCUUUGGUGGCUGAAAAGAUCAGAAAGAAUACCCUGGACAAUAUAGCAGUGAAAUGUAAGGGAAACUCAGAGAUCUAAAUAGAGACUAUUAUUUGUGGCGCAGCAUCCCUUUUGCUUGUAUUUAUUUUUGAUUCAGAUUUGUCAUGGCCAAUGGCUAGUACAAUAAAGUUAAUUGGAUUGGAGCGUUGGUGAAAAGCAAAUAUAUUUCCUUCUCUUGAGUUUGUAGUUAAUGCAUGAAUUACUUUAAACCACCAGAGGGCGCUGUUGGUCUAGCAAUCUUGCCAGCACUUGCUUAUCGUCUUUGCUUUGUCAUCCUUAAUGCCACCCCUAAAAGCUGAGCUAUUUUGUUUGUUGCUCUGUCCUAACUUUUUGAGACAAGAUAUAUGCUAUUUCUCUCCUAUCUCCACUCAUUCUGUAAACAGUUUCUGCAUGAAUAAAGCCUUUGAAUUCCAGAAA